ACCUGAGAAGUGGGUUUCAACAGCGAGACGCGGUUCCAAGGCAGACCCAACCAGUGGGGGGAAAAAAUACAUUUCCCACCAUUGUACCAGAAUUACCUGCUGCAAUAGCAUGUUGAGGCUCUUGUGAAAGUGCCCUCGGCUGAAGCUAUCCAAGAAUUUUCCACGGCAGGGUUUUAGUGAGCGGCUAAUCUAAGGUGCAAGUUGACCGUGCUCAUGGGUCCCGGACGAACCGUGUCAUCCACGACUGGCCACUGGUUUCCCGAUCACGAAUAUUAUACCGGUACAAACUCCCCACCCAGUGUCACCAACUCCCUUCCCUGCAUUCAACCUCAUCUACCAUACCGCCUAAGCCUGUACACUUUGGCAUCUCUACCCCCGAAGCCUUCACAAAAAAAAGUGUGCUAGCCACUCCAAUUACUGCACCCAUUACCUAUCCCACUCGCUCUCGCUGGGAUGGCUGAUACCGUUCGAAUAGUUGUGUGUGGAGACGAAGGUGUGUCCCUUAUCAACCCAUCCGAACAGAUAGCUUCUGACCGUCAUCAUCAAAAAUUACAUUAGGCACUGGGAAGUCAUCCCUGAUUACUUCUCUAGUCAAAGAUGUCUUCAUCCCGAGCAAGAUCCAGCCAAUACUCCCCGCAAUUACAAUAGGUGCCCCCGAAAAUGUUACAACAACCAUCGUUGACACCUCUGGUAUGUGCCUGACCUUAGGGGCUGGAAGUCCGAUGACCGUUAAUAGCCAGUUCCUGUGCAGCUCUUCCGCAAGAACGAAAUACCCUUCGUAAAGAAAUUCGGCGAUCCAAUGUCAUAUGUCUGGUGUACUCAGAUCAUUAUGUCAGCUACCCAGGUCACAGUGUCUCAUUUUGAAUGUUCAGCUGAUUGUCCCCCCAGAGCUAUGAAAGGGUUUCCCUAUUUUGGUAUUGUUACCGUCUUGUUCCACGCGAGAGUCCAGAUUCUAACUGCGGAAUUUCACAGGCUUCCAUUUUUUCGGAGUUUGGGAGUAAAUGUUUGUCCAUCACCUCUGAACCGCAUUACUUCAGGCUAAUAAGAGUAGCUUCCUGUUGUUCUAUGCGCAAACAAAACAGAUCUAUCUCCCGAUGUUGACCCUGAAGAAGAAAUGAUGCCUAUAAUGUUGGAAUUCAAGGUCACUCCUCUCAGCCGCAUCGGCCCUGAUGAAGUAUUGACCUCAUUGGCUCUCAGGAAAUCGACUCGUGCAUACGGGCUAGUGCAAAAGAGCAAAAGAACAUUAACGAGCUUUUCUACCUGUGCCAAAAAGCUGUAACACACCCGGUCGCACCCCUAUAUGAUUCUAAAGAACAGGUAUGCCGUUCUGAAAUCAAACCCGUUUAGCAAGGCUCACUAGCAUCCGCCGUAGAACCUUAAACCUGCCGCGGUGGCAGCUCUUCAAAGAAUCUUCUGUUAGUGCCCCCCUCUAUGUUCGGCAGGCGCCUGACGCUAAUCACGUUCUCAGUCCUAUGCGACAAGGAUCAAGACGGCUUUCUGAACGAUCUUGAGCUUCAAGAAUUCCAGGUGCCAUCUCCAGUUAACCCUAACCCUUCCAUGGGCCCUCUGGGCAUGCUUUCUCAUGUGUCUCUUAGAAAAAAUGUUUUGACAAAUCUUUGACUCCAGAGGAGCUUGAAGACAUAAAAGCUUCAAUAAAGAAACGGCUACCUAAUUCUCGGAUCGAGGAGGGAGUUGAUAAACAAGGUUUUAUCCUACUCAGCAAGAUGUUCGCAGAAAAAGCUAGACAUGAAACAAUCUGGACGAUACUACGAGUUUUUCAUUAUACAGAUAGCUUGAGUCUGAAAGACAGUUUCUUACACCCAAAGUCUGUUUCCUUUUAUAUACUCCUAAUUUUUGCUACUUUCGCAAUAGCUAAGACCCUUUUAUCAGAUUCGAUGUCCCAUCCAACGCAUCAGCAGAACUCUCUCCCCUUGGAUAUAGGUUUUUCGUAGACCUUUUCCUCCUUUUUGAUAAGGAUAAUGACGGGGGACUCAACGGGGAUGAACUAGCAGCACUCUUUGCCCCCACUCCUGGUCUUCCUGCAUCAUGGGUGGAUUCCUCGUUUCCAUCCUCUACAGUCAGAUCUGAAGCCGGGCAUAUCACGCUUCAGGGAUGGCUAGCCCAAUGGAGUAUGACAACUUUCCAGGAUCCAAAAAUGACCUUAGCCUAUCUGGCGUACUUGGGAUUCGAAAGCGGCGAGAGAGGUGGUACAGCUGCCGCGUUGAAAGUCACUAAACCAAGGAAGAGACGGAGGAGGCAAGGGAGAGUGGAACGCAAUGUUGUUCUUUGCUACGUACUGGGUUCAAGCGGGAGCGGAAAGGUGCGGCCCUUUCCCUAAUUAGACUAACAGCGAGGCUCAGCUAAUUGGAAAACAGAGCUCAAUAUUAGAUGCAUUUCUCAACAGGCCCUUCGAUUCGACAUACCACCCGACAAUCAAACCUAGAACCGCUGUCAACAGCGUAGAAUUACAAGGGGGUAAACAAUGCUAUCUAAUAGUAUAGCCCUUGCAUCUAGGCAAAUUACAAUCUCCCACGACUAACACCAACAUCUUAGAUUGAAGAGCUAGGGGAACUGGAAUCCGCAAUUCUGGAAAAUGAAGCGAAAUUGAAUUCUUGUGACGUCGUUUGCUACACCUACGACUCGUCUGAUCCCGACAGUUUUGCACAUAUAGUUGACCUACGAGUACGAAUAGUCUAUCUAUAGCCGGCAGUACAUACUAAUUCACAUGCUAGGCUCGGUAUCCCCAACUCGACGAGCUUCCGGCGGUCUAUGCAGCCCUAAAGGCGGACCUGGAUAAGACAACCCAAAGGGCAGAAAUCCAGCCGGAUGUUUAUACACGCGAGAUUGGCAUGUCAGCACCUUUACAUGUGAGCGCCGCUUGGACAUCCAUAUCCGAGCUUUUUGUCACGGUAAGGCUUGCACUGUGCUCUUCUGUUGACAGAAUACUUAUGUGAAACUCGUAGGUUUCCGAGGCUGCACUAUUCCCUAAUAAUGCUUAUCCCCGAACCGAACCUGAAUCAGCGGACAGGACCAAUCUCUAUAUUGUUGGUGGAGUGACAGGUAAGCGCAAUUUCCAUUCCAAUAUUGCCAAUGUAAAGGAGUUAACGUGCUAUAUAAACUCAGCGUGUACUGUAAUGGCAUUGUUGUAUGUUUGGAAAAGGACCAAUCCAGGAUAGAACCUAACUAUACAUAAUUUAUGAGAAUAUGAAAACUUUAUAUGCCUAUCCUCGGAUCGAUGUAUAUAACUCGGCAAUUGAUCCUUUUACCAACCUG